GCAGGUGAGUCCUCCCUGGCAGGGCGGGCGGAGGGCCAGCCCCGGGGGCUCAGUACGGCAGUGACAAGCUCAUGCUCUCUGAGUGCUACACAGCUGAAUGAGGAUUCAUCAAACCGAUGAAAAGGGUUGAGGAGCACGUGUAAGAGGGCCUGGGACCCUGAAUCGUGCUUGUCUGUGAAAUGCAGUUAACGCAUCAGCUGGACCUAUUUCCCGAAUGCAGGGUGACCCUUCUGUUGUUUAAAGAUGUAAAAAAUGCUGGAGACUUGAGAAAAAAGGCCAUGGAAGGUGCUAUUGAUGGUGCAUUAAUAAACCCUAAGGUGAUUGUUGAUCCAUUUCAGAUACUUGUGGCCUCAAACAAAGCAGUUCAUCUCUACAGACUGGGAAAAAUGAAGACAAAAACUCUAUCAACUGAAAUUAUUUUCAACCUUUCCCCAAAUAACAAUAUUUCAGAAGCUCUGAAAAAAUUUGGUAUCUCAGCAAAUGACACUUCAAUUCUAAUUGUUUACAUUGAAGAGGGAGAAAAACAAAUAAAUCAAGAAGACUUAAUAUCUCAGGUAGAAGGUCAUCAAGUUUCUCUGAAAAAUCUACCUGACAUAACAAAUAUUACAGAAGUCAAAAAGAUAUAUAAACUGUCUUCACAAGAAGAAAGUAUUGGAACAUUGUUGGAUGGUAUCAUUUGUAGAAUGUCAACAAAAGAUGUUUUGUAAAAUGACAGAAAUAUUAAGAUUUUUCAUAAGAAAACAUUGAUUUUUCUUUCUUGAUUAUAAAAUGUGUAUGUUCAG